AUGUUCUAUAUGGCCAAUUGUAUGCGCAUCCUCAGCGACCAGUAUGGCGUCGUGUUCGUGCUGACGAACCAAGUUACGGGCGACUUUGACGCUCGCUCGACGACACAUGGGAACGGUCUGCGUCCCGCGCUCGGGCUCUCGUGGUCGCACUGCAUCAAUCAGCGUCUGAUGAUUACUAGGAAUACAGACACGACGGAACGACAGCUCGAGGUGGUUUUCUCGCCGCACUUAGCGGCAACAACCUGCGUCUUCCACGUCACGACUGACGGCGUCCGACCUGGGAGCGAAGACUGA